UAGGGUUUUUGUUUUUGAAAAGUGUUUCAAUCAAGCAACAUCUUUUGAGAGUCAUAUAAAAUGGUUGAACUCUUGUUUCUUCUAUCUUUUUUGGUGGAGCUACAAAGUAAUUGCUUUCAUAUGAAUCUUGAGAGCAUAAAAAUGAAAGAAGGGGUGAGUUUUAUUUCAUUGCUUUUUAAGAGACCAGUUUCAUGGUUGUCUUUUCUUGCCCCACUACUUCUUCACAUCGUAGGACUUGGCUUCUCGCAAAUCCUAGUUACCUCAGCUGCUUUGUUCUUCUCAUCUUUCUUCUUCCCUCUCACAAUCCAAAAACCAAACUCCAAGGUUCAAGAUCUUAGUCAACAAGAUCAGUACUCUCUAGGAGAGACUGAAGUAUCUACGACGACCACUGAUGAUAUUGUCAAAAAUAAUGACGAAGACGACGGAACAAUCCCUGAUGAGGAAAGCCUCAUAGAGCUCUCCUUACCAAGUGGUCACUACGUUGGCCACCACUAUAGUACUAUGAUUGGACAACAAGAUCAAAAGGUCAUGUACAACAACAUCCCAGAUUUCAGGCUUAUCCAACUAUCAGCCGAGUAUGAAGACGAUAAUCUGAUCGAAAUCGACAUUUCCAUCGGAUCCAUCAAGUGUUCAAGGUUCCAGAUCAAAGCCUGAUACA